AUGGGUUGGCUUCAGCGACGGAUGGUGCGAAUGUGGAUAGUCAUCUCAAUCCUCUGCCUGCCGGUGCUCAUCGAUGCCGUCAAGGUGUCCUUCUACGGGGCGAGCCACAUCACGAUGCCGUUGCAAGAGUCCAAGAUUUCCACCAAUAUUCGGUUGCGGUUUCGGACGCGCCAAGAGAACGCCCUAAUGCUACUGACGGCGGGCCGUACCGACUACGCGCUGCUCAGCAUCGACGAGGGCAAAGUUAGGUUCAGCUUCAAGAUCGAUGACUACCAGACGGACCUCUGGUCACCGGUGACACUGAAGAUCAACGAUCUGCAGUGGCACGACAUUUCGAUUUCGCGCUACGCCGCCAACCUGACGCUGCAGAUCGACGAGUACUUUGCGACGAAGACGCUCCCGCCGAAGGUGGCGGAACUAAACGUUCACAUGGGUGUUCUGCUGGGCGGCAAGGGGGACUACAACGAGCCGUACCUGGGUGCGUUGGCCAACUUUCGGGGCUGCAUCGCCGACGUGUUCUACAACAACAUCAACAUCUUCAAGCGGGCCCGCGAAGGCACGGGUCACGCGACCACACAGGACGUAUCGUGGGUCUGCUCGCCCGAAUUCGAUGCUGACCGGGAAGUGCCGGUGAGCUUCCUGGACGACGAUAGCUACGCGGUGGUGCGGAAACCGACGUCCCGGUCCGGUGACCGGUGGAACUUUGAGUUCCGAACAAUCGAACCAUUCGGAACGCUGCUGAGCAACAUUCCGCGCUCGGCCAAGCACGACUACCUGAUGCUGGAGAUCGUGCAGAGCAAACUGCGGCUGCUGGUGGGCAAGGGCUCGAACGCGGUCGAACUGAUCCCGGAUCGGAACGUUUCCGACGGCAAGUGGCACAACGUGUCGAUCACCUACAGCCCGAUGCUAGUCGAUAUUGUCGUCGAUGAGCUAAGCAGCAGCGCGACAUUCGCCAACGGCAGCAGUCCGGUGAUCGAACUGGAGGAGGACUUCUUUCUCGGCGGUCUCGACGGCGAGCGUCACCGGAAGGCGUCACUGAAGCUGAUCCGCGAAACCGAAUCCAGCUUCAAGGGUUGCGUGCAGGGCAUUGUGCUGGACGAUGAGGCCAUCGGCUUCCCAAGCUUCACCGUCACGCACCACGUCACGGUGGACUGUGUGUGGAAGUAUCCGUGCAUCGAGAAGCAUCCGUGCAUCAUUAGUUCGCAGUGCCAGCACCAGGGGAUCGAGGAUUUCAUCUGCUACUGCGACCAGGCCUACUGCAUCAAGGCGGACUACGGCGAGCGGUACAAGAUUUUCACCCGCUCGAUGUCACGCGUCGAGCUGGAGCUCCUGGAAAUCAACCCGAUGUCGGUGAUGGAAGGUGGAAUCGCGUUCCUGUCGCGCGAGUACAUUGGCGUCCUGUUCGACUACCCGGAGAUGGGCGUGAAGGAGGCGUCGAUCAUAUUCCACAUCGUGCAGCCACCGAAGCACGGCCGGGUGACGAUCUCCUCGUACGGCCCGGAAGCCAACGGGACCGUGACGCAGACCAAGUUCUUCUCCCACAUCGAUCUCAGCACGGACAAGGUGAAGUACACACACAACGGGGACGAGCACCCGACCGAUCACAUGACGAUCGACAUGCAGCUCAUGUCGAUUUCGCGCGAAUCUAAGCUACCGGAUGUGUCCGGCAAGUAUCGGUUCGUCCUGCAUGUCAGCGUAACGCCCGUAAACGAUCCGCCCGUACUCCAGCUGCCUCCAAAUCGCCACCUCCGGAUUACGCAGGGUAUCCCAAAGGCACUGGGGACCGACGUACUAAGCGCGGACGAUCCAGACAGUCCACCGGACUCGCUGAUCUACACCAUCUUGAUGAGCCCCAACUCCGAGGCCCAGCAGGGCCGCAUCGAAGUCGGCGGAAAGUCCGUCACAACGUUCUCGCAGUCGGACAUUAACGCCGGCAGCGUGACGUACGUGAUCAACACAAAAGGCUCGGAGGACUCGCACUUCGAUCUGACGGUCCAAGUAUCAGACGGGAUAGAAACGAGUCCGGCCAGCUCGGUGCGUGUCUCGGUGUUGCCCCUGCAGCUGCGGAUGAUCAACAACACGGGCCUGGUGCUGAUUCACAAGUCGGCGGCGACGAUCACCCCCCACAAUCUCUCGUUCGUACCGAACGCGGACGAGGAAGUGGUCGACAUGAAGUUCGACGUCGUUCAAUCGCCACUGUACGGGAACUUGCAGAAGCUACGCACGGUGGACGCUUCGUGGGUUAACGUUGACUCUUUCACCAGCAGCCAAGUGAUGCUCGGGCAGAUCCGGUACCUCCACGUGACGGACUUUCCACAGCACGAUGAGUUUAAGUUCACCAUAUCGCUGGGACCGGUUACAACGCCGACUUACGAUUUCCGGAUCUCGUUCACGAAGCUGCGGAUCGGCAUCGUGCGACAAAACAAUAUGCACAUCAGCACCAAAGACAACACGAUCCGGGUGGACUUUCUGUUCCACCAAACGACCCCUAUCGUGACGCUGGCCCGCAACGUCAUCUACACCGUCGUGACGGCACCGAAGUUUGGGCUGAUCUACGUCGAGGGGCAUCCGCAAACGGCCCGCCCGGGACACUCUUUUACCCAGCACGAGGUCGACAAGAAUCUCAUCAAGUACCGCACGUACCGCUCCUCGUAUGGCAGCUUCAUCGAUACGUUCGAGUUCCUGGUCAGCGUGCCCGAGUGUGAGGACGUUCAGGGCAAGAUUGACUUCAUCUACACCCCGCCCGAUUACCUGGCAAAACAGAUCAUCUACCAGAAGCGCGAGAAGCUGUACGUGCACGAGGGCAACAGGACGGCCCUCUCGCGGACUAACUUUGAGGUGUACUUUAACAAGUUCAACUAUCUCUCGUUCAACCUGACGCACCACCCGAAGCACGGCAAAAUCUGUAUGCUGAAUCCGCGCACUUUCGAGGCGAAGGACAUCGGCAUCGGGUUUACGCUGCAGGACCUCUUUCUUGGAGACAUCCACUACUGCCACGACGACUCGGAGUCGACGCGCGACGCCUUCCGGCUGCUGAUCCUGUCGGACGACGAGACGGACUUUCAGUACGUGUGUGAGAUACAGGUGGAAAUUACGCUCCAGAACGACAACGGCCCGUACCGGGUGUUCGACAAGGUGUUCCACAUUGUGCGCGACGAAACGAAGCUGGUGACGGCGGGUGAUCUCAAGUACGCCGAUCCGGACAUUGAAACCCGCCCGACUGACAUCGAGUACCGUUCGGUAAGCUGCUCGAAUGGGGAGCUGUACCGGAACGGAAAGAUGUCGGAGCAGUUCACCCAGGAUGACCUGGACCACGGGCGGAUGCUGUUCCAGCACAACGGGACGGACAACGGGAAACUGUCGUUCAUUGUGACCGACGGACUGUACGAGGUGCCCGGUUCACUGGAGAUCGAAGCGUCCGAUCCGUUCCUGAGGGUGCGCGAGAGUAACGCUUCGAUCGUGCAGGAAGGGCGCGCCGUCCUGCUGACCGGGGGCGAUCUCGCCAUCGACACAAACUUGAACGCAAAACCACACGAGAUCGAGUACCGGGUGAUGAGUGGGCCGAACAACGGGCUACUGAAGCUGUUCCUGCCGAAGUUCGAUACGGGCCAGCUACAUCGGCUGAACAAUGCGACCACGGCGUCCAAUUUUUCGCAUGCCGACGUCCUCGGUGAGCGAAUCGUAUACUGGAACCGGGAUGUGGCAUCGAUGGAUCGAAUCAAGUAUCGGGUGGGCACGAAGGGCGUGUGGAGCGAGGGUGAGAUUAUGCUCCGCAUCUACCCACCGGCGUACUGGGAGCAGCUGCGAAUACGGCGCAACCAGACUCUGUUCGUCGAAGAGUCCACUAGUGUCAUCAUAUCGCGGGAUGUGCUGGAGAUUGUUCACCCAAACAUUUCGCCCGGUGACAUUACAUAUCUGGUAACGACGCAACCCCAGCACGGUUACCUGGAGAUUCAGUCUAUCACGUCCGACGAUGAGUACAACUCGAAAGUGUUUGACCAGUCGACGAUCAACGCGGAGAAAAUGUUCUACAUUCAGGCCGGCGUCAAUCAGUCGUCCGAUUGCUUCACGUUCGAUGUGACCAACGGUAUCACCUGGCUGCGCGAUCUGAUGAUGAAGAUUGUGAUCAUUCCGGAGCAUCUGUACAUCCGCACUGGUGAAAUCGUCGUCGAGGAGGGAAAAACGGUCAGUCUGACUCCGGAAGACAUGAUGCCGUACUCGGAGUACUACGUGGGGAAGAUACUGGAGUACAAAAUACUGGAUCACCCGCUGCACGGUGGCAUACGGGCCGGGAAGUCGUCGAAGGUGAACCGUUUCACACAGAAGCAACUCGAGGCGGGCGUGAUCACGUACGUCCACAACGGGAGUGAAAACUCGUCCGACACAAUCCGCCUGGUGGCGUUGAGCCGCAGCAAGGAGAGUGUACCGUUCCUACUGUCCAUUCGCAUUCUACCCAUCAACGACGAGGUUCCGCUGCUCGUCACCAACACCGGGCUGCACAUGUGGAUCGGUGGAAAAUCCAUGAUUGGGAGCAAAGACCUAAUGGCCCAAGACUACGACACACCACCGGAGAACCUAACCUUCCACAUUCAGCAGAUGACCGGCGGAUACCUGGCGUUCAAGGACAGCUACAACAAAAAGGCGCACACCUUCACCCAGCAGGACAUCAACGGCAACGUGGUGUACUUCAUCCACGACAGCAGCAACCAGAACGGCAAGGUGGUGUUCUACGUGAGCGACGGAGUGCACAACACCAGCGAGAGUGUCCUGCACAUCGUCACCAACCCGGUGGCGCUGGAAGCGAUCCGGAACGAGGUGCUCCACGUGUUUCCGCUGACCCGCAAGCAAAUACUGCCCGAUCAGCUUUACUACAAGUGCUCCGACGACGACCGGGACGUGAAGUACGUCGUCACGAUCCCGCCACAGAUGGGUCGGCUGCUGUUCGAGCAGGUCGAGUUUGGGUACUCGAACGAGAUCAGCGAAUUCACGCAGUACGACGUGGAGAAUGGGCGCAUCUUCUACGAGCACACGCACGCCAUGGUGGAGCUCAAGACGAACGAUUCGUUCUACUUCGACGUGACGGCGCCCCUGUCCAACAGUUUGGUGGACCAGAUUUUCUCCAUCGACGUGUCGGUUUCGUCGGGCGGGCUGCUGCGCUUCCUGCCGGUACCGCGGAUCACACUGGAAGAGGGCGAAUCGGCACCGAUCAAGCUGGACCUGUCGAAGGUGCUCGAGUACCUGGAGACGCGGGCCGGCAUCGGUGCGCCGGAGCUGUACAUUGAGGUGCACCCUCCGGCGCACGGGAUCGUCGAGCUGGGUGACGAAAGCCCCGAGGUGAAUCGCUUCUCGCUGAACGACUUCUACUCCAGCAAAGUGAUCUACCGGCACGACCACUCGGACACGGUCGAGGACAAGAUUUCGCUGGCCGUGUUUCUGGUGCCGGGCCACCUUUUUCUCUGCAACAUCACCAUCCCGGUGACGAUCAACCCGGUGAACGAUCAGCCGUUCCAUCUGCUCACCCCCUCGCCCCACAUCUCGGUGAUCGAGGGCGAGAACGAAACGAUCACCUCGACGCACCUGCUGACGGAGGAUGCCGAUACGGAUCCGCGGGACAUCGUGUACGAUGUGAUCAGUGGGCCCAACCUGGGCGUGCUGCUCAAGAUAUCGGACGAGGGCUACCCGCAGGACAUCAUCACCUACGGCAAUCAGUUCACACAGGCGGACAUCAACGAGAACCGGAUCAUCUACACACACUCGGGCACACCGCAGUCGACUACCUUCUACUUCCGGGUGUCGGACGGCAAGUUCAAGCCGGCGUACGAGAUCUUCAACCUCAAGAUACUGCCCAUCACGAUCCUGCCCGGGUUCGGCAGCCAGCCGAUCAUGGUCCAGCAGGGCUCAAACCUGGGCGUGCUGGAGCCGCGGCACGUCGUGGUCGAAACGAACGUCCAGAAGGGUCGGAUCGUGUACAACAUCACGAAGAGCGCCCUCGGUGGGAUCAUCAUUGCGAACAACAAACCGAUCCUAAAGUUUACCCAGCGCCAGCUCGAGGAUGGCAAGAUCAGUUACAUGCAGACGGACAUGAGCCGCUCGAACGACACGUUCCAGUUGGAUGCGUUUAUCCCGGACACGACUUCCGCCUGCCUGGUGGAUGUCCACGUGAUCGUGCAGCCAUUCAUCAUCAUCAACCCCAUUACGAUCACACCCGGCGAUCGGGUUCGGCUCAGCUCGACGUUCAUCUUCGACAACCCGGCCCAGCUGAAGCUGAACCGGUACAACCCGAAGAUAACGAUCACCCGGCGGCCGAAGUACGGGCGGCUGAAGAAGAUCGUCCGCAGCACGGGACUCGACUACGCGGAGCAACCGAGCGACAAGGACAUCAGCACUUUCACCUACAAGGAGCUCAAGAGUGGCGUCAUCUACUACGCGGCACGCAAGUUCAAUCAGGACUUCCAGUCGAUCAACGACAACUUCGAGUACGUCCUGUCGACGAAGACGGCCCAGCCCGGCCAGGGUACGGUUCCGAUCGAGAUCUACUCGCCGGCGCGGGCCCACGAUAGCAGUGACGUCAACAUUGUCACAACCGAGUCAACCAUCCCGCUUGACUACCUCAUAGCGGGCUGCGUCGCCGCGGCCACAAUCAUCCUCAUCCUCAUCACCGUGCUGCUGCUGCGCUGUCGCUCCAAGUCCGCGCGCAAAGGCGACCCGGACAAGGACCAGCCACCGUCGCUACCAAGGCCACCGGACUUUAUGACGCUCAGCAACCGGAUGUACACGCCGUCGGAGAACGAGUCGCUGCCGGUGACCAACUCCUCGACGCCGCUUCCGAUCAUGAGCAGCAUCCCACACUGCAAGGUGAUCCCGAUCGGGGGCCUCGACAACACGCUCCAGCUCGACUCCGAGACGGACGACAUGAUGGACGGCGAGCUGCUACCGAACCUGGGCCACGGCUACCGGUACGGGGGAUACGGGGACGAGAACGGGGACGAGUGCUGGAGCUCGUCCUGCGACAUGGGACCCGACGUCAAGUAUUCCACGAUUUCCCGACCCCAUCUACUGCAGCACCAUCUGCUGCAACAGCACCAACAACUGUUGCCACUGCAGCCCCAACCGUUGCAGCAGCACCAGCAACCUCUAUCAACACCGCAGCUUUCGAAAGCGAAUCCUCUACUUCGCCGUAAUCAGUAUUGGGUUUAGGUCGCGCCAGACGAGGGACAGGGCGGCACGGGACGAAGCCGGAAAGGACCAACGGCAAGCUGGAAUCUUGUCGCCAUAGGGUGUGCCAUAACGGAGCGAAUGGGAGCCGAACGAUUUUGUAAAUAAUUCUUUCCCACCCUCAAAAAGGGGUGGCCCUUUAUCCAUUAGGAGCGUGAGGAAGGUGAUAAAAUUGAGUGAAAACGCAUCUCCUCGUUUCAGUUCGUAGGGACAUUACAUUACGUUACUAUAUUGAUCGGACGGAUGUUGCGGACCGACUUGCUAUGCAAACCGGUGUCUCGCGCCUUCUUCCCCUACCUUCAACCCUAGCUGGCCCUAGCACUGUCUACGGCAAAUGGAACGUAUAGUCAAUUAUCCUCCCGCGGGGUAGCUCUGCCGCUCUACUUGUUCUAUUACUAACGCGUGUGAAUGUAGACUCGAAAAUGGCGCACGCGAGGCGCGAGUGAACGCACAAAGGGUCGGUUCACGAUUUACUCUAGCUAAAAACGAUAA